AUACAGAAAGAAGUCAAAGCUUUUCCGUACUAAAGUUUUGUUGGCUCCGCUAGGGGAUGAUUUCCGCUAUUCUGAGAGCUCAGAAUGGGAUCAGCAGUACCAGAAUUAUCAGAAGCUCUUUGAUUAUAUGAAUUCUCAUCCUGAGUGGCAUGUUAAGGCCCAGUUUGGAACUCUGUCAGAUUACUUUGAAGCUCUGCGCAGAGAAAGCAAUUUGGGUGAAAAGAGCAGCAAUUCAUUUUUCCCUGUUUUAAGUGGAGACUUCUUCACCUAUGCAGACAGAGAUCAUCAUUACUGGAGUGGAUAUUUUACAUCACGACCCUUCUAUAAACGACUGGAUAGAGUCCUGGAAUCCUACUUACGGGCAGCUGAAAUCCUCUACUCCUUGGCUUUGGUGCAGUCCCAUAAAUCUGAGAAGAUGAGUGUAUUUCCUUCAAUGGAUAGCUAUAAAUUGCUGACAGAAGCUAGGAGGAACCUUGGACUCUUUCAGCAUCAUGAUGCUAUUACAGGAACAGCUAAAGAUUGGGUAGUUGUGGAUUAUGGCACUAGACUUUUCCAUUCAAUAAUGAACUUGAAGAAGGUGAUAAUUGACUCUGCUCAUAUUCUUAUCCUAAAGGAUAAAGGUGCUUAUAAUUAUGACACAUCAACUCCAUUCCUGAAGAUGGAUGAUGUUCAGUCUUCCCAAGAUUCUUUACCCCGCAAGACAGUUAUAAAGCUGACAUCGCAACCAAGGUACCUUUUGAUAUAUAAUCCUAUGGAGCAAGAGCGAUUUUCAGUGGUUUCAGUCAGUGUGAAUUCACCCAGAGUUAAAUUAUUAUCUCCUUUGGGAAAGCCUGUUACUGUCCAGAUUAGUGCUGUUUGGGAAGGAGCAACUACAGUAUCACAUGAAGCAUAUCAGAUCUCUUUCGUGGCACACCUACCACCUCUGGGGCUUGGAGUUUACCAGCUUUUGGAGGUUCAGAGUUCAGAAGCACUUUUAGCAGACUAUGAUAUAUACAUGAGGAACAGUAGGCAGGAGAAGCCAGACAGACUUUUCAAGAUAAAGGAGAUGCAGAAUUCUGUGGAUAAUAUAGUCUUAGAAAAUUCUUACAUGAAACUGUGGUUUUCUGGAAUGUCUGGAUUACUUGAGAAAAUAAAUACCAAAGAAGAUGGUAAAAAUCAUCAAAUGAAGGUGGAGUUUGCUUGGUACGGAACUACAAGUAACCGGGAUAAAAGUGGAGCUUAUCUCUUCUUACCAGAUGGAGAUGCCAAGCCUUAUAUUUUUACAGAUCCACCUACCAUAAGAGUUGCUCAUGGAAGGAUUUUCUCAGAAGUUGUAUGUUUUUUCCACCAUGUGACACAUACCAUGAGACUGUAUAAAGUCCAGGGUUUGGAAGGACAGUCUCUUGAAGUUUCCAAUAUUGUGGAUAUUAGAGGAGAAUAUAAUCGUGAGCUUGCAAUGAGAAUUUCAUCUGACAUAAACAGUCAAAAUAGAUUCUAUACUGAUCUUAAUGGAUAUCAGAUACAGCCUAGACUGACAAUGAGCAAAUUGCCUCUUCAAGCAAAUAUCUAUCCUAUGACUACAAUGUCUUAUAUCCAAGAUGUUGGCGUUCGUUUGACACUUCAUUCGGCUCAGUCUCUAGGUGUUGCAAGCUUGAAAAAUGGUAAGUAUAAGAUGAUAGAUAUUAUAAAAGCCUAUCCUUCAUGA